AUGAAGUUUACGCACUUAGGUAAACUAUACGCAGCGCUCGGCAAGAGAAGUGGUCGAGUAGUGGCCAGUGACCUGCAGAGCGGGUCCUCGUCGUUCCGGGUUCGGGCUUUGAUGCCCGUCGCGGAGAGCUUCAAGUUUGCCCUCGAGCUGAGAACACACACGUCGGGGCUUGCUGCGCCGCAAAUGAUGUUCAGCCAUUGGGAGGUAAUUGACAUAGAUCCCUUUUGGCGACCACGAACUGAAGAAGAAUACCUUCACUGGGGCGAGAAAUGGGACGGAGUGAACAGGGCGAAGACUUAUAUGGAUGCCGUGAGGACCAGGAAGGGUCUGGCGACCGACAAACAUCUCGUUCAGCACGCCGAGAAGCAACGAACGUUAUCCAAGAAGAAAUAG